AUUGAGAAAAGAAACAAGUGUAUGCGUGUUUAUGGGGGCGGUGGUCAGGCUACGUGCAGGUUUUCAUGUCCACGGAGCAGCUGGAUCAUUAUUAACCCGUUUUUUCCUCCUUUAAGGAUGUGGGCGGUGCGAAUACGGAUUUAUUAUGAGAACUCAAACCAGAAUAAAACAUCUGAAGUGUUACGACUACAGACUGAAGAACCGUGCUUUACUUAUAACUCUUGUUAUUACGGUGACGUUUAGGCUGUAACAAGGAGGUUUUUGUUUUUGGGGGAGAGAGAGAAAGAGAGUAGUAGAGAAAGAGACAGAGAGAGAGAGAGAGAGAGAGAGAGAGAGAGAGAGAGAGAAGGGGGUGCAGGCAGAGCCAACAAAGUCCUGUGAAAGUUUUCUCCCUGCACUUUCUCGCCUGAAGUCCUCACAGCUCGGUCUUCACAGGGACUCCUGGAAGGUUUUUAACUUUUUGCAAAAUGAGACUCUGGACUUUUCUUUCCGUUUCACUUGUUUUAUUCUGUGAACUUUUCUCCCUGACUCACUGUGCAGAGCAGCGGAUCCGAGAAGACAAACUUCUGGUCCUGACAGUAGCAACAAAAGAGACCGAUGGCUUCAGGCGGUUCUUGGGGUCUGCAAAACAUUUUAACUACACUGUGAAGGUCCUCGGUCGGGGUGAGAAAUGGGAGGGAGGCGGCUACAUGUCAGCUCCAGGCGGAGGGCAGAAAGUUCGACUCCUGAAAGCAGCUCUGGAGGAGAUGAAGGCUGAGGACAAAGUCAUCCUCUUUAUCGACAGCUUCGAUGUGGUUUUCGCCUCGGGCCCUAAAGAGCUUCUGAAGAAGUUCCAGCAGGCCAAACACAAGGUGGUGUUCUCCUCCGAGACGCUGAUCUGGCCAGACAGACACCUGGAGGACAAACACCCCCACGUCAGGGAGGGGAACAGGUUCCUGGGGUCGGGAGGUUUCAUUGGCUACCUCCCGAACGUUAAAGAGAUGGUUUCUGAUUGGACAGGAAAAGACAACGACAGUGACCAGUUGUUCUUCACCAAGGUUUACAUCGAUCCUGCAAAGAGAAAAUCAGUAAACAUCACACUGGACACCAAAUGCAGAUUGUUCCAGAACCUCCAUGGAGCCCUCGAUGAGGUGGUGCUGAAGUUUGAGGAUGGACGAGUACGUGCCAGAAAUGUGCUAUAUGAUACGCUUCCUGUCAUCAUUCAUGGCAACGGACCAACAAAGCUCCAGAUUAACUACCUGGGGAACUACAUCCCAAACACCUGGACAUUUGAGACGGGCUGCACGGUGUGUAAUGAGGAUCUCCGCCCCCUCACGGCUCUGAAGGAGAGUGAGUACCCGAUGGUGGUGAUCGGCAUCUUCAUCGAGCAGCCGACUCCCUUCGUCUCUGUGUUUUUUGAACGCCUGCUGAAACUCCAGUAUCCAAAAGACAAACUCAAACUGUUCAUCCACAUCCAGGAACCUCAUCAUGUGCCUCAGGUGAGCUUGUUCCUUAAGGAACAUGGGAGACUGUAUCAGGACAUAAAGGUCAUCCAGCCUCAGGAGGUGAUAGACGGAGCUGAGGCCAGAAAUCUGGGCGUUGACAUGUGUCGAAAGGACAAAGACUGUGAGUUCUUCUUCAGCCUGGACAUCGAAGUGGUCUUAAAGAACGAGAACACGCUGAAAAUACUCAUCGAACAAAACCUUCCCAUUGUUGCACCAAUGAUAACCCGAGCUGGUCGUCUGUGGAGUAACUUCUGGGGAGCUCUGAGUGCGGAGGGAUACUACGCUCGCUCCGAGGACUACGUGGACAUCGUUCAAGGACGCAGAAUGGGUGUGUGGAACGUCCCAUACCUGUCCAGUGUGUACCUGAUGAAAGCCAGCCUCCUGAGAUCAGAGCUCACAGACCAUGAGCUGUUCACCUCUCAGAUAUUAGACCCUGACAUGGCGUACUGCCACAAUGUCCGCAGCAAGGGAAUCUUCAUGUAUGUCAGCAAUGUGCACACGUUUGGCCGCAUCCUGUCAACAGAGAACUACCAGACCAGUCACCUUCACAACGACCUGUGGCAGAUCUUCCAGAACCCCGUGGACUGGCAGGAGCGAUACAUCCAUGAGAACUACACGUACCUAAUGAAAGACAAACUCAUAGAAACCCCAUGUCCGGAUGUUUACUGGUUCCCCAUUUUCUCGGACGUUGCCUGUGACCACAUCGUGGAAGAAAUGGAGCACUUUGGGAAAUGGUCAGGAGGAGGAAAUACGGACGUUAGAAUCCAGGGAGGCUAUGAGAAUGUCCCGACGAUCGACAUCCACAUGAACCAGAUCAACUUUGAGAAAGAGUGGCACAAGUUCCUGCUGGAUUUCAUCGCGCCUGUGACUGAGAAAAUGUACCCUGGAUAUUAUACCAAGGCUCAGUUUGAGUUGGCCUUUGUAGUUAGAUAUAAGCCAGACGAGCAGCCCCUUUUGAGACCGCACCACGACGCCUCCACAUUCACUAUAAACCUUGCACUCAAUGAAGGGGGCCGUGAUUACCAGGGAGGUGGAUGCAGGUUCCUCCGCUACGACUGCUCCGUCUCUGCUCCCCGGAAAGGCUGGGCCAUCAUGCACCCAGGCCGCCUCACCCACUACCAUGAAGGCCUUCCUACCACCGCCGGCGUGCGCUACAUCGCUGUGUCCUUUGUGGACCCAUGAACUGAGAAAGGCAGCACACAUGAUCACUGAGUAGUUCAGACUGAACAGGACCCACGCAGACCACAGGCCGUUUUGUUUUCAGUUAAAUGUUUUGAAGCCUUAAGUUUGCAUUUGAAACGAGAGGGAGGAUAACUCUACUUAUGUCCUAGCUGACAGGUCACAGAGCAACAACUCCCUGAAUCAUACCCUGUUUUAUGGUUUAAAUGAAUUAAUAAUAGGUCCAGAAUUGGCUAAAUGGACAUCAUAUUUUAGUGGAGAAGACUUAAAACUUCAGACUGGGACCAUAAAGUUGUUGAGAAAAUGUUUACUGAGGGAAAAAAUCACAGAGAAGAAGCCGUGUGUUCCUUCAGGUCUCUUUAAUCCACCAGCAGCAUCGCUCCCUGCUGGAGAUUUAAAGAAAAGCAGGUUGUGAAGUUGUUUUAAUUUUCAGAAGACUGGUUAUUGUGCACAAUCUCUUUCUUUUAACACUUUUGAUUAUUCUCCUCAUGUUCAAGCUGCAAGGCGAUGUAUGAAUUUUAGGUAACUCUUCAGGUACUCUUCAGUGAAGUCACCAUGUCUCAGGUCCUUUUAGAGAAACCAGGUUGCAGCUGUUGAGUCGACCUGAAGGCUCCUGUUCGGUCUGAAGAGUGACGUGUGUGUGAUCCUGUUGUGCCUUGAGCUGGACUCCUCUGAUGAAAUCUUUAGGAGUUCAGAGUAGAUUUUUUUUAUUAGGGAAAUCUUUGUGAAAACUUUUUUACUCUGCAGUUACACUAACGUUACAUCUGUAUUCCUGUAUCCAAAGCAGUGAUCCUCUAAUCCUCCCUCAAACACUCCAAAGCCUCUGUUAUUUAUUUUUUUGUAUGUUUUAUGUGAUCAAACCAAAACUCCCAGAGAUAGUUUUUGAAUUCUUGCAGCGAUAGUUUGUUCCAGAGCUCACUUUUCCUCCUCACUGAUGUUUUCAGCAGAUAUUAAAGAGCUUCAUCAUUACACAAUUAUUUUGUUUAGUGACAAGCCGUCACUGUGCUUUAGACACAACUCAAAUAAAACAGUGAAACCAAUUAAAGUGUG